AUGCUUGCCAAUUAAACCUAUUUUAAGAAAAAGUUCAACCUUAACUAUAGCAAAAUUCAGGCAUUAAAUCCAACAAUUCAGGAUUAAGAAAAAGAAGAAUAUAUCAGAACUUAAUUAAAAGAAGCAAUAAGAUCAAUGAUUUUAGGAAUUGAAAGUAAAACAAGACCUGAUUUUAAUGAUAAAGGUGAAGAUUUGACAGAAAUAUAAAGGAAUCAGGAUGAGGAAGAGCAGAGUGAGGACCAAAUUGACCUAGUUGAGUUAGGCGAUGCAAUAUAGAGGACAGGAUAAAAGCACUCUAGUCAUUUAGCUAAGAGAAGAGAACUAUAUUUAAACGAGAAAAGAAAAAAAGCAGAGGAGGAAAAAUUGGAUGAAUUAGAAAGAUAAAGAAUGCUUGAGAUCAAGGCUAUUAGUGCACAGAAUAUCACAUUAAAUUUCAUUUAGGCCUUAGACCUUCAGAAAGAUAUACCUUUCAAUGAUUCAGAGGAGUUAGUUGCAAAAGUAAAGGCUUCUUAGGAACACAUUUUUAAAACUAAGCUUAAGCCCCUUCAGCAAACUAAAUCAUUUGAAGUCAUAAGGAAAUAAAUUGAAAAGAAAAUUGAUGGAGGUUAUACUUACUAAGACCUAGGUGGAGAAUACAAAAUGCAAAAACGAUUCAGAAAGUACAUGGAGAAUUUAUCAGAAUAAAUUUAACUUACUGGUGGGACAAUCAAGACUCCAAAUAAAGAAAAUUUAUUUAAUAGAGAACAGUCUAGUACUUUGAGAUAAUCAACAUUAAACAGUCCUACAUCAUUUAAGAAAUAGCUACUAGCUAUUGAAGCAGAUGACACUACAUCUUUUGAUGAUCAGUCCAGGAUUGAAACUGAGUCAUAUUAGAAAAGAAUAUCACAAGCUAGAAAUUAUAAUUAGACUUUGGAACCCAGAUAGACAGCAGUUACACAGAGAGUACCCAGAAGAAUUAAUCAAAGCUAAGUAAUGAAUCAGACAAUUCAGCCUAGAAAAACUCAAGUAUCAAUAAUCACAAAUUCUCCAACUAGAAGUGUCAUUAAUGACACGAGAAGUAAUAUGGAUAUGAAAAGUUAAAAAUCCAACUGGAAGUAUUAGUUUAAAUUACGAAAAUAGAUAGGCUAUGAUCAAUAUAGAGCCUUAAUUGAUUAGAGAAACUCAGUAAUUACAGAGGAAUAGCUAAAAUCAGAUGACACCUCAAAUAUGUCAGAGUCAUUUAAUAUCUCAAGCGACCCUAGUUCAUGUUUAGCAAUAACACCAUCAUAAUAGAAGAGGGCAAAGAAAAUAUAACUUAACUUUAACAAUAAAGUAGAUUUGAAUGAGUCAAGCAAAGUACCAAAUAUUAUUGUGAGAGAAAAUACAACAUUAGAUGAAUUCACAAAAAGACAAACUGAAAAUGCACUUAUGAGAAUGAGAAGAUAAACUACCAUCAAUAAGACUAAUUUUGAUAUCCAGUAGUAGAUUCAAAAGAGAGAGUCAUUAGCGCAACAGCCCUCUUUCAAUCAGAAAAGAUCAAGCUCAGUAAUGAUAAACAAGAAGAAGAUGAAUUAAAAUAGGACACUAGAGUAUUAGUAGUUAGAUAGAAUGCUUGAGAUUCAUGAUGAUGUUACUGAAAGUGCUUCAAUUUUUAAGCUCAAUAAGAACUUCAAGCAAAGAUAGAGUAUAGUAAGGUUUAAAGAUGGGGACUUAAGCAUGCUUGGUUUUUCUUAGAACAGAGUGGCAUCUUCUUAGUUCAAAAGAAGAAACACCAUAGAUUCAAUUUCAGCAUAUGAUUAUAAACAUAGACUGAGAACAGGACAAAUGUCGAAUGUGGAUCAUAAAAUAUGCAAUUUAAUGGAGACUUGCAGUUCAAGCCAGCCUUAGUAUACCAAAAGAGAAAUCUAUGAACAAUAAAAAGAGUAAGUUAAUUGUGCUAAUAUAUCUAUAGGUUAUCCGAAUUGA